AUGUCUCCGCCGAUGAGCCCACCCACAAGGCAGCGGGGUGGCUCGCUUUCGACGCCGCGGGCCUGGCUGUCCCGCACGACCUCCUCCAAGGACACCAAUCCCGCUCAUGCUCCUUAUGCACCCUCUAAGCCUGUACGCAUAUCUGAGCCUCGUUUCGCGAAUGGUUUGGACAUUCUCGCUCAGCAGCGCUCUGGUGUGCUGGGUGCGGGCGCGACGAUCGUGAGGACGCCGCAAGACGCUCUCUCGCCAUCUGCCACGCGACCCUUCUCUCCGUUCCGUGUCCAUGAAGACGAUGCCAACUACGGCGUUCGAACGGUAUCCAGUGAACGAGCUCCGGCCAGAUCCAAGAGCCCGCCUCUUCCUCCCAUUCCCGACGUUGAGUCUUUUGACGCUGUGCGCUCAAAAACGCCACCCCAUCCGACGCGUGCCCCUCCUUUGAUGCCGGAAUCAGAAGGGUCUGAAAUCACCGUGGUCGAGCCAGUCUCUCUGCGACCGUCUCUUAAGAUGCGUUCCCCAGCGCCAUCAGAGUACUCGCCUCCCGUACCUGCAUUGCCGCUGAAUCUGAGUUCCUCGCCACCACAGCCGCCAUUUCAACCCAUCCUCCUCGGACCCCUGCCUGCAGGACCCGUCGACCCGUCGAAGACCAUUGUGUCUCUUGAGACAAGCACUAUCACGCAUCGCACGACUAUGAGCACUCUCGUCUCACGUCCUUCAUAUCUGGCUUCGUAUUUACAGGAUCUUUUCCCUCCACGCACUGGCAUGCGCGACUCCACGCUCUCGACCAUCUCUGAUGUCAGUGAAAAUGAGAGCUCGUUCAAUUCUAUCUUCCACCAUCACCUCAAGUCGACCGGUGUAAUACCCACGUCGCAACCCCCAGCGACAAUACACAUCUUUCUAGACCGGCCAAGUGCGCCAUACGCGCAUAUCAUUUCGUACCUCCGAACGCCACCGUCUACUCCGGAGCAUCCUGCCGUACUACCGCGAGCCGUGCAGCUUGCCAGCAAUUCAUCGUCGCGGCUGGAUGCCCUGCUGGAGUUGCGAGACGAGGCAUGUUAUCUCGAACUGGAUGAGCUGUACAAGCUGUGCAACGACGAGCUGCGGCAGCGCCAGUCGCGGAUGUCCGCGAUCAGCCUGCACGUCCGCGGGUUCAGCAGUGGUGCGAGCAGCUCGUCCAUACGGAGCGUCAACACACUGCAAGAGAUUGCAGAAAUGGAUGAUCAUGACAAGCUCCGCUCGGCCGGACGGGCACGGUCGAAGGAUUCGGGCUUUGCGAGUAUGGAAACGAAGCGGAGCUUGAGAGGGAUCAAUACAGCAGUGGAUUCAGCAGCAUCGCAGACGGCGAUUUCUCCCACGAGCAUGCAGCAGCGCAUUCUUCCCUCGGAGCGCGGGCGCGCGGCUACGAGACAACCAGGGGCUGGCCUGCUGGCAUCAAAGCCGAGUCCUGGGUGGAUAUGA